AUGGUGGAAGAAAAGGUAGUACAGAGAGAUGAUGAUGAUCCCCAGAGGGAGGGGAGGGAGGUUGCUGAGGAAGAACCAGUGGCCCAGCUCAAGAAGGAGCCCAAGAAGACAGGAAAGAUGACAAAGGAACAGCUUGCAAAAUUGUGCAAGACCAUUGUCAACUUCAUUGCACAGACCACCCUGCAGAUCCUGCUGCCGGCCCUGGCCCGCAUUCUAGGGGUGACAGGCUUUUAUGACAACGCUGACUCACUCAAAAGGGGCGGCAGUGCAAGAUCCUUCACUGCCUUUGAGCAGAAAAGACUGGAGCUCAUCCAGGAAGUUAAAUAUUUGGCGAAGGAGAUGUGUAACUGUGGCGGCAGGGCUCUCCGACCAAGGUCUAGCACACCCUCUUCCAAGAGUUCCCAGACCUCACUGAAAGUCCACCUGGGAAUGCCAGAGGACAGUAUCAUCAGCAGUGUCCAGGAGCAACUGUCAAAAUCUGACCAAAUGUUGGCUGCAGGACAGCUUUCACAAAUAGAUAAAAUGGUUGGAACUAUGCUGGAGAACAUUGAGAAGAUAAGCAGCGAAUGUGGCGAGGAAUUGGUCUAUCAAGAGUCACUGCGGUCUUCCUCCUCGUUGUCAUUCUCAACUGCCAAAUCACAGAAGACCGAGUGGGAAUUUUCACUCCCUGGCACUCCCAUUCCUUCUGAGUUACCCGAGAGUCCUGCUCAGCCCAUUGUAAGAUGCUCAGUCAUUGACAUGAGCGAAUCUACUAAGCCAAAAACAAUGGUGUGUGUGAUGCCAGAACAAGCAUGUUUGCCAUAGCCGAUACCAUCAUGAAGAAGGUAUAUCCAGAGGCAGAAGGGCAGGUUACAUCUCACCCUGAUCUAACAGAUGCAAUAGCUAGACUGGAGGAGCUCAUAUCUCAGGGUAGGAUUGGUGCUCUCUCCCGUGA